CAGCAGUGGAAGAAAAUGUGCUCUUGGCAUUUAGUGCUGAACUGGCUAUGUGCUCUUGGCAGUCCUGCCUGGCAGGAUGCUGGACUUAUUCUCUCCACUACCAGCAAUGAAGCCUGUAAACUGUUUGAUGCUGCCUUGACCCAGUAUGCAACCUGGACCAAUAAUGAGACUCUGGGAGGUAUUGAGGGAUGUCUCUCCAAGUUAAAAGCAGCAGAUCCAAGUUUUACAAUGGGACAUGUCAUCACUAAYGGUUUGGAGCUGAUUGGCRCUGGAAGUUCAGUGMGGCUYAACAAAGAGCUGGACAGUGCARUGAGAACRAUGAUGACACUCGCAAAAUCCCAGGCACUGACUGAGCGGGAGAAGCUCCACGUGUCUGCGCUGGRCAUGUUUGCCAAUGGCCAUCUUCCAAAAGCUUGUGACCUGUGGGAAGAGAUUCUGCAGAGCCACCCCACUGACCUGCUAGCCCUCAAAUUUUCCCAGGACACUUAUUUCUACCUUGGAUAUCACAUACAGAUGCGGGAUUCUGUUGCCCGAGUUUAUCCUUUCUGGACACCCGAUGUACCUCUCAGCAGCUAUGUGAAGGGCUACUAUGCAUUUGGACUGAUGGAGACCAACUUUUUUGACCGUGCUGAAGAGCUUGCCUCUGAGGCCUUGGCUUUGAAUAAGACAGAUGCCUGGUCUGUUCAUACUAUAGCUCACAUAAACGAAAUGAAAGCGGARGUGGAGAAAGGAUUAUCAUUUAUGGCAGAAACGGAAACCAACUGGCAGAACAGUGAUAUGCUUGCUUGUCAUAAUUACUGGCACUGGGCUUUACAUUUUAUUGAAAAGGGUGAAUAUGAGGCUGCUCUGACCAUUUAUGACAACCAUAUUGCUCCCCGGUGUUUGUCAAAUGGCAGCAUGCUGGAUAUUGUAGAUAACAGUUCUAUGCUGUACCGACUUCACUUGGAAGGUGUAAAGCUUGGCAACAGRUGGGACAAUGUUCUCAAGAUUACAAAGAAGCACGCUAAAGAUCAUGUCCUCCUGUUUAAUGACGUACACAUCUUGAUGUCUUCCCUUGGAGCCAAAGACCAGAAAACUACUGAUGAACUUUUAACAACUCUCCAGGAACUUGCCAAAACCCAUUGUGAAGAACAUGAGCUUUCCCUGGCUCCAAGUUUGGGGCUGCCACUGUGCCAGGCUCUGGUGGAGUUUGAAAAUGGAAAUUGUGACAAAGCUGUAGACCUGCUGUACCCAAUCCGUUACCAGCUAAUCCAAAUAGGAGGCAGUAAUGCUCAGAGAGAUGUUUUCAGCCAGUUACUGAUCCAUGCUGCUUUAAAUUGUAAAUCACAAGUCAAACAAAACCUUGCUAAGUGCCUCCUGAGAGAACGUGAUCUGAUGAGAGCAAAUUCACCAAUGACAGAGCGGCUGAUCAGGAAGGCAGCAGCUGUUCAUGCAGUGGCCUAGAUCAUUCCAUUGAGCAUGGUGAAGUGGCAGGGAGCUUUCCAAUCAACAUUUGGGUGGGGGGGACAGGCUACCCUGUAAAGCACACUGGAACAUUUUCAUAGGUAAAGGGCAUCCCAGGAGUUGUAGACAGUGAUUUUAUUUUAAUUUAGUUAAUAGACUAAAAGCAGUUGGGUUUUCAGGAGGUUAUAAUGAAGCUUCUUCCACAAGGGAGCAAGCUCCUUAGCUGAGAAUGCACAGCUCUGUGAAGCAUCCUGAGAUGGUGCUUUUUCUGGUAAUUUCUCCUGCAGUCUUUCUUGUCACCUGA